AAGACGAGAGGAGCGGACUGAUUUCCUCUACUAUGGAUGGGAAUAUCUACGAUCAGUUUGGGGAGGCCAUUGACAGAAGGCUUGGAAGGGUGAGGGCUGAAGCCCAACGAAGAGCGGCAGCGGGGCCACCGCCCCCUGCCAUGUUCAGGCUAUGGCAGGAAAAGGAGAAACCACCGUUUGGGGUGGAAGAAGUGGGGAGCGAUGAGGAAGUGACUCAAGGGCUGCGAGGAGGAAGUGAGACGGAAGAGGCCAUAAUCAUCGAGUCAGAUGACGAGGAUGAAGAGGAAAGAACGGAGCCUCUGUUCGUCUUAUUUGAGAAGAUGAAGGACUUGCUGGAUAAGAUGGGGAGGUACCAACAAAAGUUGGUAGGCCUCUGUGAAGGAGUGAAAGGAUGGAAGUCUAAUGUCCCCACAGUAUUCCUCUAUGACUCCUGCCCGGAGUCAGCGCCUGGGCGACCCGGAGUAAAUGUGGUGGGAUCGUGCCCUCAACCAGGAAUGAGGGGGAGACCCCUCACUCCGCAGGCCCGGCUGGCACAAGCAGCGCGAACGAGGAAUCAAGCCAAGGCCAGUACCAGCCAAGAGCCUCCAAGGRGGGAACACGAACMAGGGARAAGGAAAGAGGCUGUGGAAGUAGAGGACGACGAUGAUGAAGAGGAAGAGGACGAGAGGCUGCGCAGAGAAGAGGAUCAGAGAGCGGAGCAGCGGGCACGGAAAAAGGGAACCAGGGGAGAGGUCGAACCGGUCAUACAUGACGGACCGCCUAAAAAGAAAAAAUACGCGGUCCGGUUGGAAGAGGGAUUUGAUGUAGAGAAGGUGAUUAACCGACUGCUGGAAGGGCAUAAUGACCUCAUGACCCUGAAGGAAAUCCUAGCGUCAGCCCCGCGACUCCGCGAUGAACUGAAGGGGAGGUUAUCACGGCGCCUGGUGCCCAAUGUCCAUCUGGGUACGAUCCUGCCCAAGGAGGCAGAGUGGGCARAGUCAGGUACGAAGAUGGACUGGAAGUGCGUAGCCUGUGGUACGGUGGAUUUGAUGGUGAAGGGUUCCAAGUGCGCAUCAAUGGUGGACACCGGGGCAGAGAUGAACAUUAUUCGGGAGGCGGACGCGAUCAGAUUCGGGCUGGAUAUAGACCGUUCUGACUGCGGUAUUCUGCAUGGAGCCAGCUGUAAGGCCAUGUUUUGCGGGACAGCCUCGAAUGUGCUCGUCGAGGUUGGAAAGGUGAAGGCCAGGGCAUGCUUCUUCAUAAUGCCAGACGUGGACCACGGAAUCCUCCUGGGGAGGUCGUUCAUAAGCAGGACAGAGACCGUGAUGUUCAACAAACAUGAUGGGACGUUGAUCCUCCUCUCAUGCAAUCCUGCCUGCGAAAAUUAUGAAAUAAUUACUUGCAGGAACACCGAGCCAAUGAGUAUAAGGAACUGGCCCAAUCCAGGAUCAUUCACAAUCGAGGAGUCGGAAGGGGAGCGAAGGAGGCUCUGGGCAGAGCCCGAAGCAGGAGAGGGGGUGAAAGCAUUUUCUCUCAGCCUGUCAGAUGUUGGGAAGGCCAUGAACCUGGUGGCCGCGCAUGAGAUGGCAGAUCCGGAUGCCAUCCAGGCCUUAAGGGAACAAGUUAUAGAAUGCCCUGAGGCAGGAAGGUUGGAAUUGGUAUAUCGGCUCCCAGGCAGUGGAGGGAACCCCGCAUCAGCGCAAACACAAUCUGAAGGGGAGGCGGUGGAGAAUACGCCCCCAGUUGAUGGAUUUCUGGAUCAGGAAGAAGAURUUCGUCUCCAUAUCAAUAAGUGGUCGCCGCGCGUGCCCAGCUGUGUAGGCUAUCCUAUUUGGCAAGCGCCGAGCGGAUAUGAAAGGAGGACCGAGCUGGUCCUUGAACCCUUUAAAGAAGAGGAUCCCUGGGGCGGUAAGGAUGUUAAGUGGAUGAUGGAAUUAGCGCUAGCCAGCUCACAUAGCCUGGUGGAGGAUAUGAGGACGAUUGAGGAAGGACCUGACCAGGUAGAACGACAUGAGGACCUGAUGGGAGGAAUGUAUCUCCUCGUCAAUACGUUAUUGCAAAAAAGCCUAGACCAGUCAAGCUCGUUGAACCCGGCAGGGAAUGUGGACGAAAUACCCGAGAGCCAGACCGACGAGUUCGAGGAAGGGGAAAUUAAGGAAGCUUUUCGUGCAGAGGAGUACAACGGGAUCUACCUAGAGCUGGGGCUUCUUCUAUCAUGUGAAAUGCGGCUAAGAGAUGCAAGCGAUAGGGCUCAAAGGAUGCUGCAGCGCUACUUAGUUGGAGACGGUCACCUUUUCGUGAGAAGGGAAAUGGGGAAUCCCAGGAGAGUCGUCUGCGGUAGGAAUCGCCAGAUCGACGUCGUAGCAGCGCUUCACGAUGGUAUUGCAGGAGGACAUCGAGGGGUACAAACCACGUAUGCCAAGAUAAGUGAGUUGUACUACUGGGAUGGGAUGAUGGAUAUGGUCGGAAAGUUCURCCGAUCUUGCGUACCUUGCCAGGAAAGAUCCCGUUUAAGGCAAGGAAAGCCGCUGCAUCCCAGGCUAGAGCGAGAGGUGGGGGCUGUAGUGCAUCUCGAUCUACUUUUUAUGCCACUUGGGGAUCAAGGCUAUAACUAUAUCUUCGAUGMGCGCGAUAACCUGUCUGGGUUUGUAGACGGGCGUGCUAUUCGCACAAAGACCGGGUCAGUCCUGGUGAGCUGCAUCGAGGAGUACUACCUGCGUUAUCCCUUCGUCAGGGAAUUCGUAAUGGACAGGGGAUCAGAGUUUACCUGCCAGGAGGUGCAAGAACUGUUAGCAAGAUAUGGUGUGGCAGCCAACUACACCACGACCGCGCACCCCCAAGCAAAUGCUCCCGUAGAGAGAGGACAUAGUACCAUUACGAAUCUCCUGGCCAAAUGGACCGAAGGUAGGUUCGAAGAGCCCAUUGUCAGGAUUCGUAGGGAGGCGACGACGAGGCAGGAGGUGGAGAUAAGGAUGGAGGAGUUGCGACCCUCGCCUGUGGGACCUGAUGGCAGGCCGAUCCGCCUGGAGAUUGGAAAUGCGUCGGACUUCAUCCCCGCGUUUGAGUGGUUCAUGCAAGAGCAGGGCAUACAAAGAGAUGAUUGGAUGCAGACACUACCACUCUGGACCAGGAAGGCGGAAAGGCCACUGGCUAUGCAGAUCAGGGACAUGACACGAGAUUGGAAAAGCUGCAGGGCACAUUUGAGAGAAGCCUUUCGACGGCCAGAGCUCCCUCAACCCAGAGUCGAGAGGCGGCAGACGAGUCAGAGGCCGAGGGACCCUGAGCCCAGGGAGGCGAGACCAUCUCGAGGAGGACGGAAGGCCCUAGCCAAGAGAGAGCAGGAGCCAGAGGAUGAGGAGCGAGGGGCAUAUCCUAAGUAUGGGUUGGGGCCAGUGAAGUUCUAUCGUUUUACUGAGGGUGGAUUGAGGAGGUCGCCAGCACACACACAGGGGGAGCCACCAGUGUCGGAGGGGCCCUUGAGGGAAUUGGAGAUGCAUUUAGAUAUUUCUCGGUGGAGGGCGUCGCUUCAGGGAGAGGGGCAUGGAGAGCAGGCAAAGGAGGUGCCACGAGAGGAGGUACCACAGGAAGAGGUCCGGGGUAUUCAGAGAGAGAGAGGGCUGGGCGAUGAGGGGAGACGUGCAGGGAAGGAAGUGAUAGAGGUUGGAGAGGACACGCCCCCACAGACGCCAGCAGUGGGUUUGAGACUCGGGGAUGCACCAGGGAGCACCCGACAGACAAAUGAGGGGUUGCAGAGAGAGGAGACCCCUUUUCCUUCGUCAGAAAAGGCUGCUUCGCCAGAAGGGAGGGCAGAAAGGACGAGAAAGAGGGCAGCUGUAAGGAGAGAAGCUUUGAUCCUGAUUGAUAGGCACCUAGCAGCUCAUGCCCUGGAGCACCCAGACCUGGAGGAGCCAGCACCUGCAGAGCCACGCCAGAAGUCAUGCCAGCCCGAGAAGGAGAUGGAAGCAGAAAUCCCAAAGAGGGUCGACCUCCGCACGAGGGAAAGGGUGCCAUCUGGAGAGACGGCCGAAGAAAAGAGGGCAAGACGAACCAGGCGGAUAGAUGAGAUAUGGCAGGAGAGGCAGAGGUUGGAGGCAGCGGGGGAGCUCCCGGAGCAGCAGCAGGAGAGGCAGAGAUCGGAGGCAGCAGGAGCACUUCCGGAGCAGAAAGGAGAGGAGCUUCCAUCGCCAGUCAGAGCCGGGUUUGGGGUGGCCAGGAAGGCGGAAGAAAGGUUAGAUCGUAAAAUCAAGUUCCUGGCCAAGACCACUUUUGACCGGCACUUGUUAUUGGAAGGCGAUCUGGCGGGGAAGAAAAUGAAGGAAGCCAGCCAUGGAGUACGUCUGGAGGCUAUGGAGAUGGAAAUUCAGGAACUUAGGGCUUUGGUGGCCAGCCAGGCAGCUAUCAUUGAGAGCCUAAGGCAGCAAACCCAGGGAAAGGCGGACAGACCAGAGAGCAGCCGGCAGGGAGAGCAGAGGCAGCCAGGACAGGGAUUGCCAGGACAGCCAUCUGCGACAGAGCCUCGCCAGGAGCCACCUAUGGGGAGGGUUAUCCUGGAAUCAGAGGAGGCGAGAGCACAGAGGCAGGCGAAGAGAGAGGCGUUCGAGUUCAGAGCCUCUACCGAGCUCGCGACACUGCCAGUAGCAGCGGCGGGCCCAGUCGUACCUUUGGCAGUAGAGGAGGGGUUGCCACCAUCUAGCAGUGAGCCGGCUCAGGGCUCAGUAGAGGAAUCUAUGGGCAUGCUCCUUGAGGCGGUGCAUACUAUGCGGGAGGAGGUGAGUUUGUUUUCACCUGAGCAGAGGAUAGAGGAGGCUCUUGAGAGAGAGAUGGGGAUUGAGGAGGAGGGUGCCAUCGAGGGCAGACUCCAGAGGAUGGGCACACCUGAGUAUGAACCAGAGGAGAUUGAGGAGCAGCCCACGGCAGCGCCAGGGGCGGCACUCGAGAGGAGGCCUCAGAGGUUGGACACGCCCGAGUACGUCCCAGCGACAGAGGAUUUGAGAGGCAGGCUAGGAUAUUGGGCUACUGGAUCUGGGUCUGGUGGACCGGUUCCUGGGCUAGAGCAGCAGGAGGUCACUAGUACCGCAGCUCCUCAAGCAGAGCAACAGGGGGUUGUCAGUACCUUGGUGGGAUCUCUUUGAUCGCCACCUCCUCAGCCCAGGAAGAGGAAGUUCAAGAGAAAGGUAGAUCAACUAUGUUUUUACUGCAAAAGGGACGUGCAUCUGGCUUUGGACU